ACACAGUGCAGAGAGCAGCACAAGUAGGAAGAACCGUGUGUGAGGCCGAAAAUCUGGUUUCAGAAAGCAAAGAAGGCUUUGGAGGGAGAAGAGAGAGAGACAAUGAGGACAAUCAGAAGAACAGUGUUAACCCGAAAACAUGCCCAGCGGAGGACGGAUGUCUGUGAAAAGGAAAAUAAGCGCCAAAGACUGGAACUCUAGCAAAACCCAUCGAGCCGUCAUGGAGGAUCACUCAACCACGCCGUCUUUCUCCAGCCUCCAUCAGCACCGCCACCGUCCCUCCGUCACCCUCUCGUUGCCCGCCUUCGAGGGCUCGGAAGCAGGAUACUCGCCCUCCCUGCUGGCCCAGGACUCCCUGCAAACUUUAUUUUCAGCGUCAAACUCCCUGUCUGGGUCCCGACGGGGGAGGAGUGGCGGCGAGAAAGCCUUCCACGACGUGGGCGGCGGCGGCGGCGGCGGCGGGGCGGACAGAGACUCCAGUCUAGGGGACCGUCUCGACAGAGAGUGUGGGCCGGGUGGUUACUUCGAUGACUUGUGGUACGGAAGUGGGGAAAAAGACGCGUGGGAUGACGGGGAGAGCGGCGACAGCCCUGCAGACCAUUUACACGGCGACGGCAACACGAACGGCUUUUACAGAACGAGCUGCGCCGGCGAGGAAGGACUCAGACGUCGAGCCGCGGCUGAAUAUGACAGCUCCGCCGCCGCGGUUUAUAACAGGGAAGCUAAUAGCAGCUGUUUCCCUAAUAAGCAAACGGGUUCUUACUGCAGAGGCGGCGCAGGAACGAUCAAUGACGGCGGCUCAGAUCACUGCUGGAAUCUGAGAGUGAUCGAUAGAUAUUUAGGAAAAAAGGAGGAUUAUGGGCCGAGCUGUGGGUCCGGGGAGGACCAGGCCCAGGCGGCAGAGGUCCCUUGGCUGAGCGUCUCUCCGUCCGAUCAGGGAGCAGGCAGGUGGACAGAAGAAGCGGAGAACUACUCCUUGACCUCGGCGUGCCGACCGCAGGCGUCCCACAUGGGCAGGACGUACACCCAAAAGCUGGAUUCUUUCUCCGAGGCGUUCUUCUCCCAGCGAAAGAGACGAGUCCCGUUCCUCCCCGCCGGAGACUCUACCGAGCAGAUCUGGGACGUUGGAGAAGGCGGAGGAGAAACGCCGGGGCCGGACAAGUCAAAGCAAAGUUGUGCCUUGGGUUCGGACCCCUACAUGCUCCCCUCUUCGUCGUCGUCCUCCUCCUCCCCAGCUCACCUCUUCCUCCCGUCCUUCCCCUCUCCCCCGCCGUCGUCCCACUUCAUGCCCUCGGUGCUCAGCCCUCCCCCGACGCCCCUGCCUCCCCCGUCCCACUCGCCCUCCAAGCUGGACUCGCCGCAGUGCGGCGCCGCUCCGCAGGGAGGGGAGCCGCUCGGCACGCUCCAGUUUUUCAUGCCGCACCUUCAGAGCGUGCCGUCCGUCCACCCCGCCGGGAUGAUCUGGAAGUUUCCCGUGAUGCCGCACUGCUUCCCACAGUCGGCGGGCGACGCGAAAGGCCCGCACGCCGACGACGGCAGCAGCAUCACAGCCACUCACGACGUCCUUCAGUCUGUCCAUCCAACCAGAGCCCUCUGCUCCUCCAGCAGUCCGUCCCUCCACACCUCCCUCCACGUCUCCUCUCGUUCUCCCCAGCUCUCGGGCCAACGCCACCAGGGAGCCGGUCACACUGUGAGCCAGAAGGCGAAGAGAAGUCCAGGCAGUCUGAAUCAGACACACCUGCAGAAGCCUGCUUCUCUGAUUUUCACUGGGACGACAUUUCCCAGCGUCCUUCACUCCGGCGGCGGUCAGACGAGGAGCCGCUACACUCCCCGGCCACUGCUCAAUCCACAGCGCACGGGCACGGGGCUCUACUGCUCCCUCACCCCCCUCCAGCGCGGGGAGGAGGCAGCGCGUGGCGAGGAGGAGGAGCAGAGCAGCGUGUUACCACGUGUCAACGUGGGUCCUGACUUCCAGGCUGAUCUUCCUGACGAUGCUGAAUGGCCAGAGGUCUGGACGCCAGAAGAAAAGUCCACGUGUGAACAGUUGCUGUGGAAGCCCAGUGAAGAGCUGGAGGAGAAUGAAAACAUGCAAGACCAAGUGGAGAAGCUGCUGUCCAUGUGCAGUUCCAGCUGUCUGCCAGGAGGGGGCAGCAACACAGAGCUGGCUCUGCACUGUCUGCACUAUUGUCAGGGAAACACAAUGGCCACGCUGGAGAUGCUGUUGUUCUCUCAGCACUCACCAGCAGGAGACUACCACUACUCCGGUUGUGAUUUUUGGACAGACACUGAAAAGAGUGUCUUCAGCGCAGCUAUGGAAACCUACGGGAAGGACUUCUCACUCAUACAGAAAAUGGUGAAAACCAAGACCGUGUGCCAGUGCGUUGAGUUUUACUACCUGGGGAAAAAGCUGCAGGACAAGCAGAAGAAGCAGGAGGAGGAGAGCAGAGAGGAGGAGCUGGAGCAACAGAAGAGGGCAGCGCCCAAAUGUCAGCCAGUGAACCGGCCGUUUGUACUGGAGGAGGUGGUUCCCGUGCCGCCAUUGGCCAGCUUCUUCCCCUGCAAGCUGUGUGGCAAAAUGUUCUACAAGAUCAAAUCUCGAAACGCUCACAUGAAGAUCCACAGACAGCCUCAGGAGGACUGGAGCGAACGGCGGCUGCAGCACCAGCUCUUCACCCAGCGCCUGGGCCUCGGCCACCCCGGCAGCCUGAUGCCCAUCCCGGGCACCAAUCUGCCCCCGCCCCAGACCUCGGCCCUCAUCCUCCCCCACUCCGGUCUGGGUGAAGCGCCGAGCAGCAACGGCAACUCGGACGACGUCCACCACUCCGUAAUCAACAGCAACCUUGUUGUCCCUCCCAACGCCGGGGUCCUAAACACAAGCACGGCUCUGUCAUUCAACAAAUUCACUUUCCCAAGCUCUAAUGUGAUUUGCGCUGAUGGCAGUGACUCGGAUCAGAGGGAUCCCGUCUCUGUUUUACCCUUCCACCAGUCGUGGGGCUCUUUAGGACACCAGGCGGAUCUGGCUGCUGUUUACAGCAAUCCGAAGGGGAAGGAGCAUGUUGGAGCCGGCACCGCGGGAGGAAAUGAGUCAAUCACCUGGCAGUAGCUCCAGCUCCCCCCAAACACAUUACCGUACUGCCACCAGGCUGAGGCAAACUGUGAGCUUUAACUCAAACUCUGCUUUUAUUCAAACUUCAUUCCCGUAUCAUCACUGUUUUUUUUUUUUUGUUAGGUUGACUGCACACGUUGCAUUCAGAUGUGUGAAACAUUCCAGUGUCUGUGAUACAUUUGACUUUUCAAUAAAACUUGAAACCCUU